CCACUGCGGCCCGCGCGCCCGCCCCCCGCACGUGGCGCCCGAACUCGGCGCGGGCCCGCUCCGCAAAGUAACAACUCUCGUCCCAGUGGAAUAGAAGAUGAACUCAACUGAAUUCAGUGAAGAUGUAGAAGAAGUUCUAAAAAAUAACACUGUGAAGGCAGACGGCGACGAUGCUGCGCUGGACUGCUCCCGGAACUCCAGGGCCUCUGAGAAGCACCCUCUGGACAGCGUCCUCACUGCCCUCCAGGAUUCCAGCAAGCGGAAGCAGCUGGGCAGCGACGGCCAGCCAGACUCUGUCCCCAGUGUGAAGAGGAGGCGGUUGAUUCCCGAGGCACUCCUGGCAGGCAUGCGUAAUCGCGAGAACAGCUCGCCCUGCCAGGGAAAUGGAGAGCCUGCCAGCAGGGGCAGGAGUGGGAGCUGCGUGUGGCCGGCUGAAGAGGAGCCUUCCACCGAGGCCACCACUCCUUCCUACAAGAAACCUCUGUAUAGCAUCUCACACAAGAUCCUGGAGAAGAGGAACACUCCCUCGGGAGACCUGCUCAGCCCCUAUGAGCUCUUUGAGAAGGCCAACUCCACCAACAGCCCUUCUCCUCUGCGCCUGCUGAGCGAGUCUCAGAAGCGGGAGUGUGGUGCUGGGGUUGCUGCUGCUGACGGGGACCCCAAUAUCUACUUCCUGAUGCAGAAGAUGUUCUACAUGCUCAACACACUCACGUCUAACAUGUCCCAGCUUCACAGCAAGGUGGACCUGCUCUCCCUGGAGGUAAGCCGCAUCAAGAAGCAGCUGAGUCCGCCCGAGCAGGUGGCCAAGUUUCAGCCUCCCCCCGAGUACCAGCUCACGACUGCCGAGCUGAAGCAGAUCGCCGAGCAGAGCCUGUCCUGUGGCGACCUAGCCUGCCGCCUGCUUGUGCAGCUUUUCCCGGAGCUCUUCAGCGACGUGGAUUUCUCCCGUGGCUGCAGUGCCUGUGGCUUUGCCGCCAAGCGGAAGUUAGAGUCGCUGCACCUCCAGCUGAUCCGCAACUACGUGGAGGUCUACUACCCCUCCGUGAAGGACACAGCGGUGUGGCAGGCCGAGUGCUUGCCACAGCUUAAUGACUUCUUCAGCCGCUUCUGGGCCCAGCGGGAUAUGGAAGACAGCCAGCCUGGUGGCCAGGUCACUAACUUCUUCGAAGCUGACCAAGUAGAUGCCGGCCACUUCCUGGACAGCAAGGACCAAGAGGAAGCUCUGUCUCUGGACCGCAGCAGUACCAUCGCCUCUGACCAUGUUGUGGACACACAGGACCUCACUGAGUUCCUAGAUGAAGCCUCCUCCCCAGGUGAGUUUGCCGUGUUCCUCCUGCACCGGCUCUUCCCCGAGCUGUUUGACCACCGGAAGCUGGGUGAGCAGUACAGCUGCUAUGGCGACGGCGGCAAGCAGGAGCUGGAUCCGCAGAGGCUGCAGAUCAUCCGCAACUACACGGAGAUCUACUUCCCUGAUAUGCAGGAGGAAGAGGCCUGGCUGCAGCAGUGUGCCCAGCGCCUCAAUGAUGAGCUGGAGGGCCUGGGGCUGGAGGGGGGCAGUGAAGGCGAGGCCCCGCGGGAUGACUGCUACGACUCUUCCAGCUUGCCAGACGACAUCUCAGUGGUUAAGGUGGAAGACAGCUUUGAAGGCGAGCGACCUGGCCGGCGCUCCAAGAAGAUCUGGCUGGUGCCCAUUGACUUUGACAAGCUGGAGAUCCCACAGCCUGACUUUGAGGUGCCGGGCUCAGACUGCCUGCUGAGCAAGGAGCAGCUGCGCAGCAUCUACGAGAGCAGCCUGUCCAUCGGCAACUUUGCCUCCCGCCUGCUCGUGCACCUGUUCCCGGAGCUCUUUACGCCCGAGAACCUGCGCAAGCAGUACAACUGUAGCGGCUCCCUGGGCAAAAAGCAGCUGGACCCCGCCCGCAUCAGGCUGAUCCGCCACUACGUGCAGCUGCUCUACCCGCGGGCCAAGAAUGACCGCGUGUGGACUCUGGAGUUCGUGGGCAAGCUGGACGAAAGAUGCCGGCGCAGGGACACAGAGCAGCGGCGCUCCUACCAGCAGCAACGCAAGGUUCACGUGCCUGGCCCCGAGUGCCGGGACCUAGCAAGUUAUGCAAUCAACCCUGAGAGGUUCCGAGAGGAGUUUGAGGGCCCCCCGCUACCUCCUGAAAGGAGCAGCAAAGACUUUUGCAAAAUACCCUUGGACGAGCUGGUGGUCCCGUCGCCCGACUUUCCGGUGCCUUCCCCUUACCUGCUGUCAGACAAGGAGGUACGUGAGAUUGUGCAGCAGAGCCUGUCGGUGGGCAACUUUGCCGCCCGGCUCCUGGUCAGGCUCUUCCCUGAACUCUUCACGGCCGAGAACCUUCGGCUGCAGUACAACCACUCUGGGGCUUGCAACAAGAAGCAGCUGGACCCCACGAGGCUGAGGCUUAUCCGCCAUUACGUGGAAGCGGUCUACCCCGUGGAGAAGAUGGAGGAGGUGUGGCACUAUGAAUGUAUACCUAGCAUCGAUGAGCGAUGUCGCCGCCCCAACAGGAAAAAGUGUGACAUCCUCAAGAAAGCCAAGAAAGUGGAGAAGUGACAGGUCUGGGGCCGCCCAGGGUCUGGGGUCAACACAGGCUGAGCAAUGGGUGCCCUUGGGACUGAGCAUCGCUCUGAAGCUCGUGUGUGGUAUCCACAGACAGGCACCUUAUGUCAGUGGGGAGUGGUUUCCUACAUUUGCACACGUAAACACCUACCCAGCCACAAGAAAGAAGCCUUGAAUUGGGUCUCUUGCAUUCAUGACUGUUCUGUGCUCCCGGGUGGCACGGCCACAGUUAGGGGGGUUGGCCAAGCUGUGAAAUCAGAAUUGGUAGGGUUGGGUCCCUUCUCAGGGCUGGGGCGCCCUCCCUAACCCUUACAAUUAAAUACAAAUUUAGACUAGACAUGGUGACUCACAUCUCUAGGCAGAGGCCGGUGGACCCCUGUGAGCUCGAGGCCAGUCUAGUCUAUAUAGUGAAUUCCAGGCCAGCCAGGGCUGCAUAAUGAGACCUUGUCUCAAAAACAACAAUGCAAACUGAGCAACUUUUUCCUCUCCCCAUGUUUUACAUCUACCAUUUUUAUUUUAUUUUUUAAUUAGAAUGAAACCAUUUUUAAAGAAAAUCAUUGGGCUCUUUGGGAGCCAUUUUAUUUAGGAAAAAAAAUUUAAUAUUUGAGAUGAGAUGCUGUAAAGUUACUUCAGUUGCUGGGAUUUUUAAAGAUGAUUUUAGAUUUAUGUUUGUUUGUUUUUUU